UAGGACAACAGUAGUUGAGCAGGUGCCAGACUUAGAGUCAAUCGGCACGUCGUUAUAUGGUGUGGCCUGAUCGGACGGACAACACAAGCUUGCAAGAUGGCCAGUCUUCUGCACCUUCUCGCUGUUCUCUCCGUCCUUGGCUGCUCUUUUGCAGACCACCCGGGACAUGUGGACUAUCCCGGCGGUCUGCAGACGGGGUGUUUGCAGGGAGAGAAGCACAAGGACGCCCCGUCUCCGGAGUCAGGCCUCGGGGUCUGUAAGGACUACUCCGACUCGAGCUGCUGCUCGGCCGACAUCGGUCAGCAACUUUCGGUGACCCCCAUCGUCAAGGUGGACGGCUUCCGCUGGGACAACUGUGGCACAUUGAGCAAGCGGUGUCAAGACUUCAUGGUGAAUGUGGAGUGCUUCUACCGCUGCUCACCUUCCCUGCCGACCUGGGCCGCGCCCUACCCGUCCGCCGUCAGGGGCGUGCCGGUCUGCAUGCAGUUCUGCGACGACUGGAUGGAGGCGUGUCGAGAGGACAUGACGUGUGCAGACAACUGGAUCACCGGCUGGAAGAUAGAAGACGGUGAGCUGAACAAGUGCCGAAGCGAAGAGAGGUGCAGGACCUUUGCACAGGUGUUCAGGAACGGCCGUGGCCUGUGUGAGAGCAUCUGGGGUCAGUCCUUCACCUACGAGUCCACUCCUGACACACCAUGCCUGGACUUCCGCUUCCCGCCGACAGAGGGCCAGAUCACGGUCCCAGAACCUGGGACAGAGAGCGUCGAGCCGGCCUUCAAGAGACAGGACGAGUGUAUCAUCGACGCCGUUGAUUUUCACAAGAAGAAGCCGUCCCCCGAGCCGAAGCUGAACGCGUGCAGAAACUACCGCCAGGACAGCUGCUGCACCACCGAGAUCGACAACGACAUGGUCAACAGGCCCAUCCGCAAGGUCGGCCAGAUGAACUGGGACACCUGCGGCCCUCUCAGCCCGAGGUGUGAAGAAUUCCUGAUUGACUCCGAGUGUUUCUACCAAUGUUCCCCCCUCCUCAACAAAUGGCGCGUCCCUGGUGUUGAUCCUGCCACAGACCCCUUCACACCCGUGGUAGAAGGCAUCCCACUCUGCUCUCACUUCUGUGACGGCAUGUUCAACGCCUGUAAGUUCGACCGCACAUGCGCCGUGAACUGGGCCACGGACUGGGACUUCUCCACGGGAGAGAACAAAUGCAAACCGGAUUCCAAAUGUGAACUCAUCAAGGACGUCUUUAAGAAUGCCAAGGCCAUGUGUGAGAGCGUCUGGGGCUCGGCCUUCACGUACGUGUCCAACAGGAACGCGCCGUGCCUGGACCCGACCGCUCACCCGACCGAGCAGGUCACCAAGCCGAGGAAGGCGGUGGUCGCCGCUGCGGAAAGUGAAGACAAAUGGGGCUGCCUCGGUGACAGGAAACACAAGAGGACGCCCGGUCCGGAGCCAGAUCUGCAGGUCUGCAGUGAGUACAGCAUGAACAGCUGCUGUUCGGCGGAGUUUGACCAGCAGCUCAGGAUGAGCCCCGUGGUGAAGAUUGACCAGUUUUAUAUGAACAGAUGCGGCACCAUGUCUCCCAGGUGCGAACAGUUCCGACUGGCGAUGAACUGCCACUACCACUGCGACCCUAUGAUAUACCGGUACGGCAAGCGGGGCCACCCGUGGGCCGUGCAGAACAUCCCGAUCUGCUCGUCUUUCUGCGACGAUUUCUUCGAUGCCUGUCGGGACGAUCUGACUUGCGCAGAGAGCCAGGCUACGGAUUGGUACUACUCACCUGAGGGGAUCAACAAUUGUAGACCCGACUCCAAAUGUCGCACGUUUGCUGAGGUGUACGUCGAUGGACGUGGUCUUUGUAACAACAUUUGGAGCGACUCGUACGUCUACACGGAGGACGACGACACGUGUAUCAACAUCAUGAGCAUUGGGUCCCAGACACGCGCUAGUGAUGCCGAAGAGCACAACCCUCACGCAGACCACCAUCACGACGACGGACACGGACACAGCGACAUGAGCCAGGCUGACAGUGACAGUUGGGCCUGCGUCAGGCAUGACGAUCCCCACCACAAGGAGUACCCUACUCCCGAGCCCGAUCUCCAGGUCUGCAGUUCCUACGCCUACGGCAGCUGCUGCACGGUUGAACAUGACCACCAUCUCGCAGUCAGACCGGUCCCCGGUGUGCACAACUUCUCCUGGAACCGAUGUGGCACCCUCAGUCCGCAGUGUGAAAACUUCAUGAUCGAUCUGGAGUGCUUCAACAGCUGUUCCCCCGACAUCCGACGGCUGUCCAUACCUACAGACUCUGGCUCCGCCAUCCCCGUCUGCGCGUCAUUCUGCGACCGCUGGUUCAGCGCCUGCAGGAAUGACGUCACUUGCGUCGCUAACUGGAGGUCCGACUGGGACAUGGACGACAAUAACAGGAACAACUGUCCGGAGGGUUCAUCCUGCAAAACGUUUGAUGAGAUGUACGGGGACGCCCAGACGUUGUGCGAGACGUUCUUCGGAAGUGAGUUCCAGUAUAACAGCACGGACAAGUGUGUGGACAUCCCCCUCCACUCAUCACCUGCCCAGGACCAAGACCAUGCUCAUGCAGCCCAUCAUGCCAGCCAUGAUCACGCCGAUCACGACCAUCAUGAGCACGAGGGACACCAUUCCAGCGAAGAAGGCCACAGUCAUGAGACGCACCAUCCUGGACACAGCCCGGACAGCCACGGCGACCAUGGGCACGACGAACAUCACCAUGGGCACGACGAGCAUCACCAUGGACACGACGAACAUCACCAUGGACACGACGAGCAUCACCAUGGGCACGACGAGCAUCACCAUGGUGACCACGGGCACGAGACGCACCAUGACGACGACCCAGCGGCUCACGGAGAGCACGAUCACGGGAGCCACCACCGUGGCAGUAGGGACGAUGUUAGGUCUGUGCAGCCCUUGUCAUGGCCGGUUCACCAGUGUGUGUGGCAGACCGGUCUCAAGGACCAUGGCGGCUUGGUGAAGACGUGCAGCUUCCAGAAGCGGCACUACAGCAGCGUGCUCCGCCUGGCGUACUCCGGAGGGCUCAUCCUCGCCAACUGCACGGAGUGCUGCAAGCGGUGGUACUUCACCAUCAACGGCAUCGAGUGCCAGAAGCCGGGCGGGAUCGAUGCCAUCGUCAUGAAGAUGGAACACGAAGGCAACAUGGUGCACCAACAUCAGCAGUUUGAAGGAUACUGUGACAAGGUGGGAGCGGGUGUGCUUGACGUGGAGCUGCGCGUGCAGGACUGUACUGAGCACAUGCCUCACCACGGGCACAGCGGCGCCAUGGACCCCGGGGACGCGCAGACCGGCGGACACUGCUUCUCACGAAUCAUGGUCGAGGAAGUCGGCAUGAGCCCUUAAACAUUCACGUCUAGUUCUAAUGUAUUCCCACAAUCUAGUCAGCUAAUGCUUCUCUCCGUUGUAGUCCUCGGCGUAUGAUAUAAUCUUUCUUUUGUUUUGCUGUUUGAUUAGAUUUCUUUUUGAUUGUAUUGUGUUUGUCUUGUUUCUGAUACUGGUGUGUCACUUUUCAGUAAUCGAUCAUAAAAUAAAUCUUACGAAGAUGCAUA